CACAUGUGUAGUGCGCACUGCCGUGCCCCCAGAUAAGACUCAAAAUGCCAAAUACAAAUUUAAGGGCCAUUGAAGAACAAAUUUGAAUUUUUUUUGACAGAAACUACAGUAGAAACAAGACCUAAUUUGGAAACUUCCACUUCAGUGACUUCGACUUCAGGUUUAAGGUCUGCAGGAACCAAAACGUGACUCUGUCCAUCACCAAGAUAUGGUGAAACUUUCUCGACUACAACUCUCUCGUGCUUGGGUGGUUUAUAUACAUAUGAUGGCUUCUACUUUAUUCUUCGUUGUCCUGAUAUACAGCACCAGUGUGAUGGCAGCUCUACCAUCAUACCCAGUCUACCUUCUUCCUGAACACAGAUCAAAUGUAAGACCGCCGGCGAAUACGGAAAGGAUAUCUACCAGUUCUUAUGACUUCCAAAUAGUACCCAGUGACCAAUAUCCAGUUACUGAAUACAUCAAUCCACCAGAAACAUCACUAAUCGAGAUUAUUUCUUAUCCAAUCACAGCCCUAACUACUGUUGCUUCAAAGGCUCUCUCGGUCGGCAAGUGGAUCAUCGUUAAUGGAGCUAUGGUCUUCCUAGGGAUGGCCCUGGUCAUCGGCUUCUGUGCAUUCACCCCCUACUGUACCCUAAUCAUUGAGAAACCACUCUCUGCGGAGUUCCGUGACUUUAGCAUUCCUUAUCUAGAUGAUAUAGAGUACUAUUUCACUCAAGCUUAUAAUAAGUAUAAAUCAAUGCAAAAUUCGUUAUAAAUUUGU